AGCAAUUCAAGUCCUCGUUUCGCUCUCAACUCGCCUCUUGGGGGAGAAUCUGUUUGCUCAUCCACUAUCACGUCAGCAUAUACAUAUAUGUAAUUGUCCAUGCGGAGGCCGCUUUUCCCUUCGCAGAGGGAGACGUCACGCCGUCCGAACGGUGUUCGCAGCAGCAGCCCCUCCUCCGCCGGCAUCUCAGCCGCCGCCGACACCGCCAGCGCGUGGGUGCGCCCUCGCCUCCUUAACGCCACCACGCAGCUGCUGGCUCUCCAGCCCGAUGAUCCAUUCCGCGUGUUGAGUGCGCACUUCUCGACGGAAGCGCUCCUGCUCGGCGCGUAUCCAGAGCCCUCCUCCACCGUUGCUGCCACCGACGAGAAGGAGUUGGAAGAGGAGGCGGUGGUCGCCGCCAGUCUUCGCUCGAGUCCGUGUCCCACACGGCCAGCAGGGAAGUCUGUAAACGGGUCUGCGGCAAAAGGAAAGGCGCCAGUUGGCCGCGGUGACUCACGCCCAACGAGCGCCGUGGGAGCGCCGCAAGUGUUGGAGUACCUUGUCGAGCACAGCUGGGCACGGCGCCUUCUGCAGCCCUAUGGACUCCACGCGGUGACGCGGAGUGUGUGCCCGUCGUCCGGCUCCAUUUUAGACCCUCCUGCAGCGGAGUCGAACGCUGUCCCCCAUCGUACAGCAGAGCAACAGCAGCAGUGGAUGGAGUGUUUUGCCCUUCUGCACCGCCAGAGUCGGCUGUCGUCGUCGGAGAAGGUCAUGGCGUCGCGGCGUGCGGUCCAGAUCAACGGUGCUGUGCUCCCACCGGUAGACUACCGGGCCACGGAGGAGGUCUCUGCUUCCCUUGUUCUCCUCUAUAUUAUGUGUGUCAUCGAAGAACACAUUCGGCGAGUCGACUGGGGACCUAUGACGACCGACGGCGCCCCCCAUUCCGCCUUUGCCUUCCGUCGCCUCCAGCUGUCAGUGAAGCUGCUGGGUCUGCAGCUGCUUGUGGCAUUUAUGAAAAGGCAGGAACAGGACAGAAGUGAUAAAUGCAGCAGCACCACAAGCAGCAGCAGCGGAGAUGGCGAGGACGCACUGAUGGGUGCUGUGGAUGAUGCCGACCCAGACGAUGCUUUAUCUGAUGUGGCCGGUCCGUGUGAGUCGUUCCUCGCCCCUCUCUAUGCUUUGCCCCCAGAUGAGCUAGAGCAGUUUCAUUGUUGGUUCCUGCAGCGUCUACGCGCGGUGUCAAUGAACUCGGCGUCUAUUGUACACGAUAAAAUGGUGCCGCAGAACAGCUCCGCCGUCAACACGGAAGCGCGCGUAUCCGCCGCGUCAGAUGAGCCAUCAGCCCUCCCACAACUGCAGUCACACGUCCUUGGCUCUCUUCGCACAAUUCUCAACAGUGACAGCUGUGCGGCUCCCGAAACGCCUGCCGUCAUCUCCGUGGACACUUUUGUCUCGAUUAUGCAGUGCGUGGCUCCAGUUCUCGUCUCACAUCAAUGCACGGCCACGUCGAUGGCGGUCACGCUGAGCGCACGAGUAAGGAGAGGCGCAUGCAUUGCCGGUGCGCACCGUACGGAGACACUGAAGUGGGCCACGACACUUCUGCAGCGUUGCACUGCACACCUAAUAAACGCCGUCCCUGCGCACGCCCACGCGGUGCAAAUGCAUCCCCCUCCGCUUCCGUAUGUAUGGAAAGCGUACGUGGAGCAGAUCGCCAACGCGCUCCAUCAUCUUCAGCACGAUGCGGUAAACGGCGAAAACAGAAACCGCGUGCGGCCUGCCCUCUCGAAGGUAUUCGACGAGGUCGGCUCUGACGAAGACGUGUAUGUGUCGGUAUUUGCUCACGCCUUCGGAGACGUUCCGAACUGCGUGGUGAUGGAAGCCUUGGUGGGUGAAUGGGUCUCCCGCGUCUUUGAGGCCUGCAUUUCCGUUUGA